AUGCAAGUCACACCAGAAGUAAAAGAGCUGCUCAGCCUCCAAGCCGUGCGAAGGCAAGCUCAAAAAGUCCUGGCCGCCGCCGAAAGGGGAGAACUGCUCCAUUUUGAUUAUGACGCCGACGAGAUGUCCAGCGUUGCCGAUUUCGUGUCGGGCGUGAUCGCGCGCGACUUUGGGCCGGAUCGAUAUCACGAAAUCCCACCUCAUGGCCGCUGGCAGCAUUUCGAUGUCGGCGGCGUUCCGCGGGUCGCGCCACUGCUCGCCCGCUGGAAAGACAACGGCUGUACCGACGAGAUGGAACUCACCCGUCGCUUGAUCGACCUGUUCUCCGUCUCGGUUUUGCUGGACGCGGGCGCCGGGAAUGUUUGGCGAUUCAACGAGCCCGGCCAUGACCGCGUGUAUUCGAGAAGUGAAGGCAUCGCGGUCGCCUCUCUCUACAUGUUCACCGCAGGUGCCUUUACGACGGAUCAAUCCAAUCCGGAGAGUGUGAAUGGCCAAGGGCUGUCACAGUUGGACGAAGCCACUUUCAGUCGACAUUUCCAAUUGUCACCACAGAACCCCAUGGUGGGCGUCUCGUCCCGCGUCCAGCUCCUCAACCGCGUGGGACAAGAGUUACGGAAACUCCCGGCCAUUUUCGGCCCGGAGGGUCGUCCUGGCAAUCUCGUCGACCACCUGGUCAAAUCGGCAGGAUCUAGCAAGGUUCUUGACGUGGAGCUACUCUGGUCAUGCUUGCAACAGCUGCUGAUUCCUUCCUGGCCCGAAGGCCGCACCCGCAUCAACGGACAGCCCAUCGGCGAUGCAUGGCCGCUGCAAGUGCUGGCUCACGAGGCCGAGAAGCAGGGAGAACCACAAACCCCAACAACGUCGAUCCAACCAUUCCACAAGUUGACGCAGUGGUUGGCGUACUCGCUCAUGGUGCCGUUCGUGAGGAUCCUCGGCCUCGCGUGGACUAACCAAGGCCUGUUGACCGGACUGCCCGAGUACCGCAACGGAGGCCUGUUUGUCGACAUGAAGGCUUUGCGUCUCAAGCCCGAGGCCCUGGCCGAGGGGUUGCGAGCGUCCGGGGAGGAAUUGCCCGGGUUCAGCGCGUCCGGCGAUGUCAUUGUCGAAUGGCGGGCCAUGACGGUGGCGCUGCUCGACAAGCUCUACGCCAUCAUCUCCUCACGGUUAGCGGCUCAAGGCGUCCAGUUGAGCAUGGCGCAGAUGCUCGAGGCUGGGUCCUGGAAGGCCGGACGCGAACUUGCGGCCAAGUAUCGCCCGGCUACCGGUUCGAGCCCCAUCCUCAUCGAAGGCGACGGGACGCUGUUUUGA